AUGCUUGGCCGAGAGGCUGUUGUACGAGAGGGCGGGGAAGCCCGUGUUGGCGGGUAUUGGGUGGAUUCAAGUAGAGGCGGGUUGCCUGCGGUGGCGAACUGUCCGUCGGAACUGGGGGCGAGCCCCGUGCGCGUGUUGGGACGCUGUAUGACGGGGGGUAGCGCAGGUGGACCGCGCGAGAAGCGCAGCUUCGACCCGCCCCCGCUGUACGCGUACUCCGCCUCGGCCAUCGACAUCCUGGAGGACAGCGCGUCGGCAGCGUACAAGACCUUCCUGAAGGAGUAUCCCGAGUACCAGCUCACCUGGAUCCUCGAUGCGCUUCGCCGCAGCGACUUCUCGAGGCUCGACCGAUCGGGCGAAACCUAUGUCGAUUACAUGGGCGGCUCGCUCUAUCCCGAGAGUCUGAUCCGCGUCCACACUGGCUUCCUCCACCGCAACAUCCUCGGAAACACCCACUCUGUCAGCAACUCAUCAAAACUCUCUUCGUCAUGCGCGAACGAAGCACGCGAGGCUGUGCUCUCCUUCUUCCGCGCACCACCGGGCUACACCGUCGUCUUUACCGCGAACGCGACCGGCGCCCUCAAGCUUGUCGGCGAGUCCUUCCCAUUCUCGGAGGACAGCUGCUUCGUCCUUGGCACGGACUCGCACAACAGCGUGCACGGCAUCCGGCAAUUUGCACUGCAGAAGGGCGCAAAGGUGCACUAUAUCGACUCGACUGAUUGCGGUGGCAUGGACACGUCCGAGGCUAAGGCUGUUCUCGGACGCCAUCAGCCAAAGAACAAGCACGCGGCGUCGUCCCUCUUCGCUCUGACGGGCCAAUCCAACAUUUCAAACUCGAAGAACUCGCUUUCGCUCAUCAAGCACGCCGCUGCACAAGGCUACUACACCCUGCUCGACGCCGCAGCACUCGCACCAACAUCCGUGUUCUCGCUCUCAGAAACGCCUGUCGAUGCCAUGGCAGUCAGCUUCUACAAGAUGUUCGGCUUCCCCACAGGCGUGGGCGCGCUCAUCGUCAAGGAGGAGUUCCUCGCGCGCCUCGAGCGGCCAUGGUUCGCGGGCGGUACCGUCGACGUCGUGCAGGCGCCGGGAACGAUUGUGACAAUGACGUCGGAUUUGCACGAGCGGUUCGAGGACGGGACGAUCAACUACCUGAACCUGCCCGCAAUCACAGACGGCCUGCGCUUCCUCUCCGCGUACCUCCCCUUCCUACCACUCCGCUUGUCGACACUCAUGCACUACACCAUCUCGUCACUAUCGGCGCUGCGGCACGACGUGAACGACGUGGCCGUUGUGCGGAUACUCUCGCGUAUACCGUCGAAACGGCUGCGGGCCGUCGGCGAGCAGUCCGACACGGGCUCUGUCAUCUCGCUCAUCUUCCAAUUCCCCUCCGGCGAGAUGAUGCCGAAUUCCUUCAUCGAGUACGCAGCGUCGCGGCAGAGUAUCUCCCUGCGCACGGGCUGCAUGUGCAACCCAGGCGGCGCGGCGUCGAUCCUUGGGCUGCGGGACGCGAUGGCGGCGCUGCCGGCGGACGUGACACUGCGCGCGUUCGAGCAGCACAUGGGCCAUGAGCUGGGUGUCGUGCGGAUCAGCCUCGGGCUAGCGAGCGACUUCCGGGACGUCUUCCGGGUGGUGCGGUUCGCGGAGACCCUGGGCAGCAGCGAGGCGCGGGGCGCGAUGUGGGAGCAGUGGCUCGAGUCCAAGAGCGGGCAUGCGCUCUGAACGAGCGGACGGCACGGCACCAGGGCGGGCGGAAGGCAGGGGCGAGGGCGCGGCAAAAGCUGCUACUAUUAGCAGCUCGGGCGCACGGAUAGCAACAGAGUCGGACUGCGCCUAUGUUUAUGAAUUUGUAUCGUUAUGUCGCGGUGUACUUUGUAUCUUGCCAUGGGUUUUACCUUACUUUACUGUACUAUCCCGUAAUCGCAUAGACGAUUUCACAGCGUUCA